UGAAAUUUCCCCAUAUGGGAACGGAACGGCUUCACCAUCAACCAACCCAACCAAUAUUUUCCCCUUUCUUUCCUUUGAUUUCAAGCUGACUCAUUCUUACGUUCUCGCCUCUCGGCUGCAAUCCCAUGAGUUCACUCCAGAGACAUUUUCUGAGAAGGGUCGUUCAGGGUGUUGGUAGAGAGAGGAAGAGUCGUUGGGGUUUGAUUACUGAGAGGAAAAUGGCGAAUGUUGUGAAUGACGGCGGUGAUUCGACGGAGGAGAUCGUCAAUGGCGCCGUCGGCGGUGGUGGUGGUGUUGAGGACGUGUAUGGUGAGGAUUUCGCCACGGAGGAGCAGUUCCUAACCCCUUGGGCUGUCUCCAUUGCUAGUGGGUAUAAUUUGAUGAGGGAUCCAAGGCACAACAAAGGGACAGCAUUCACAGAGAAAGAGAGGGAUGCUCAUUACCUGAGAGGUCUUCUUCCCCCAGCCAUAUUCACUCAGGAACUUCAGGAAAAAAGGUUGAUGCACAACCUUCGUCAGUUCGAAGUUCCUCUCCAGAGAUACAUGGCCAUGAUGGAUCUUCAGGAGAGGAAUGAAAGGUUGUUCUACAAGCUUCUGAUUGAUAAUGUGGAAGAGCUUCUGCCAGUUGUGUAUACUCCCACUGUUGGGGAGGCUUGCCAGAAGUAUGGCAGCAUUUUCAGGCGUCCCCAGGGGCUUUAUAUCAGCUUGAAAGAGAAGGGAAAGAUUCUUGAAGUACUUAAGAACUGGCCAGAGAGGAACAUUCAAGUCAUUGUUGUUACUGACGGUGAGCGGAUUCUUGGGCUUGGGGACCUUGGCUGCCAGGGAAUGGGAAUUCCCGUUGGGAAGCUUUCUCUGUAUACAGCACUGGGAGGAAUCCGUCCAUCAGCAUGCCUGCCAAUCACAAUUGAUGUUGGUACGAACAAUGAGAAGCUGUUGAAUGAUGAGUUCUACAUUGGUCUUAAACAAAGGAGGGCAACAGGACAGGAAUAUGCUGAACUUCUGGAAGAGUUCAUGACUGCAGUUAAGCAAAAUUACGGGGAGAAAGUCUUGGUACAGUUUGAAGACUUUGCAAAUCACAAUGCAUUCGACCUUCUAGAGAAGUACACUCGGAGCCAUCUUGUUUUCAAUGAUGAUAUUCAGGGCACGGCAUCUGUAGUUCUGGCAGGGCUAAUUGCGGCUCUCAAGUUGGUUGGUGGAACCUUAGCAGACCAUAAGUUCCUCUUCCUGGGAGCUGGCGAGGCUGGUACUGGCAUAGCUGAGCUUAUAGCACUGGAAAUUUCCAAGCAGACGAAAGCUCCGGUAGAAGAGACCCGUAAGAAGAUUUGGCUUGUGGAUUCAAAGGGGCUCAUUGUUAGUUCUCGCAAGGAGUCCCUUCAGCAUUUUAAGAAGCCCUGGGCUCAUGACCAUGAACCUGUGAAGAACCUCCUAGAUGCUGUUAAGGCAAUCAAGCCAACAGUUUUGAUAGGAUCAUCUGGAGCUGGUAGAACAUUCACAAAGGAGGUGGUUGAGGCAAUGGCCUCCUUCAAUGAGAAACCACUGAUUCUUGCUCUCUCAAAUCCCACGUCUCAGUCGGAAUGUACAGCUGAGGAAGCAUACACAUGGAGCCAGGGUCGUGCCAUCUUUGCUAGUGGAAGUCCAUUCGACCCGGUUGAGUACAAUGGCACACUGAUGGUGCCAGGACAGGCAAACAAUGCAUACAUAUUCCCCGGGUUUGGUCUCGGGCUGAUCAUGUCUGGGGCGAUCCGUGUCCACGAUGACUUGCUCUUAGCAGCCUGUAAGUUUCAUCCAAACACCAUAAUCCUCAUCUGAUGUCCAGUCAUUGGCCUGGUCUUCUCAUAUGCUGCUGUGGUUUCUGGAACAGCGGAAGCUUUGGCAGUGCAGGUAGAAGAUGAGCAUUUCAAGAAGGGACUGAUAUACCCACCAUUUACCAACAUAAGGAAGAUAUCAGCAAAUAUUGCUGCAAAGGUUGCUGAUAAGGCUUAUCAGCUAGGUCUGGCCUCCCGCCUGCCCAGGCCAAAGGAUCUGGUGAAGCACGCUGAGAGCUGCAUGUACAGCCCUCUCUACAGGACUUAUCGUUGAAGCCUGUACUGGAAUGGAUAUUGAAAUUUUCUAGGGCCUAUAACUCUAUUAUUAUUAUUAUGAAGUAUUCAACGAUGUCGAUUGUUUAAGUUCCUAAUCAUGCCUUGAUUCACCUUAUUUGUUCUCCCAAAAGUUUGUUCUUUCGUAUGUGACACUUUCGGUUUUGGUAUCUUGAUUGUUAGUGAAGUAAGACCCCCUCCCUACCUUAGGUCUUCUAAGUAAUGUAGAAGCCAAGCGCUCUUGUUUCCACAUUCUGACCUAUAUCUAAUUUGUCCUACGUUCAUUAAAUCAAAAAUAAAAUUUUGAUUAUUGGGAGUGGUAUGAAUUGAAUACAAGGUG